UUGAAAGAGAUCGUCAUGAUUACCAGUCCAAUCGAGUCUACCCAUGGUUAUUGGACAAAGAUCAAGUUUCCUCUAAGAGAAAAGUCAGAUUCCAUCCUCAAUUUACAGACUCCUCUACCGAGGAAGACCCAGGAAGGACAACUGAAAGCUCUGAAGUCUCUGACUCACCACCUUUAAGAAGAUCCUCUAGACAUAAAAAUAGGACUCUACCAUCAUCCUCAUCCUCCACUUUUUUUCCAAGGGGCCGAAAUCGGAGACACCGAACCUGAUUGUUAAUCUAUCCGACUAUAAGUUAUCUGAUGUAGAAAGGUCAGUAGUAAACAAAGGUCUAUCAUUUGUUCCCACCCCUAAAUUUAAUGCAUUUCGAGCACGAAUAGAUUUAUUCAAGCUAUUUAGAACCAUCCGCUUAAGAGACAUGUUUAAAGACAGCAUAUCCAACACAACCACAGAUCCUUUCAAACCUAAAAGUACCUUCUGCCCUUCCACAGAUAACAUUUACAUUAAAUGCUUUGAAAAAGCUGUAGAGAGGGACUUUAACAAGCUAACUACUCGUAGACAACCAUACCACUCAAAUUUAUCAGAAUUAGAAAGAACCACUCUGGUCAAAUUGAGCAACCUUAAAGAGGUAGUCUGGAAACCAGCAGAUAAAGGGGGAGCUAUAGUAUUACUUAACAAAAGAGAUUAUAUUAAGGAAGUCAACCUCCAGUUAUCAAAUAGUAAAUUCUACCAACCUAUUGCAACAGACCCCACUAAACACAUUCAGUCCCUUAUUAGGGUGGUGUGUCAAGAGGGAUUAUCCAUGGGAUUUAUUUCUUCUUCUACAUUUAAAUACUUACAAAAUGACUUCCCCAGGAUACCUAUCUUUUAUAUUCUUCCUAAGAUUCAUAAAGGCAUCACUCCACCCCCAGGCCGACCUAUUAUUUCUGGUUCAUCUUCUGUAUUGGAACCAGUUGCUAAAUAUCUAGACUCCUUUUGCCAACCAUUUGUCCCUCUCUGUGAUUCCUACAUUAAAGACACAAAGCACUUCAUUAAUAUCGUAGAAAAUCUCAAAAUUGAGGAGGACAGCAUUUUAGUUACGAUUGAUGUCACCUCACUCUAUACUAACAUUCCACUAGAUGAGGCUCGUACCAUCAUAGAGAAUAUCCUUCGUAGGAGAACAAAAUUGCAACCACCUACACAUUUCUUGAUGGACCUGUUAGAUAUAGUACUGGAGAAAAAUUAUUUCCGUUUUCAAAACCAAUUUUACUUUCAGACCUUCGGUGUCGCUAUGGGAAGUCCGUUAGCCCCAUCGAUUGCCAAUCUAUUCAUGGCACAUUUAGAAAACACUAUAUUGCUUAAUCCAUCUUUAAAUAUGUACUAUGCUAAUAUAAUAUACUAUGGCCGAUUUAUUGAUGAUAUAUUCAUAGUAUUUAAAACAACUGAGGCCGCAGUAGGAUUCUCUAAUUGGAUUAACACUAUACAUACGUCUAUUAAGUUUACCAGUCAUCUCAACCUGUCACAUAUCAAUUUUUUAGAUGUUACUGUGUAUAAAUAUCAUAACAAACUGUUAGUCAAGAACUUCAGAAAACCAUCAGAUAAAAAUUCUUUUCUUCAUUAUAACAGCUUCCACCACUUUGGUUUAAAGACCAAUCUUCCAUUUUCACAACUACUUAGACUAAAGCGUAACUCAAGCUCUAAUGAACACUUCAUUCAUGAAAGCCUGACCUUAAGCCAGGAGUUUAGAAGUAGAGGCUAUCCUAAACAUGUCAUCAAAAAGGCAUUAAUUAAAGCUGAAAAAACUGAUAGAACCACCCUACUGAAAGAAUCUGCUAAACCAACUAAAAAUCAAAUUAUCUGGACACAAGAAUUAUCGCAUUACUCCAAACACAUAAUCCAAAUUAUAAAAAAGCACUGGCAUCUUCUUCAAGAUAUUUCAGGUUGUGAUAAAUUACCUAUUUUUGGAAACAGGCGUACUAAAAAUAUUAGAGAAUAUUUAAUCCAUACAGAUUUAAUCACUCCCAUUAGUACACUGAAGAGCACCCUGAGAGGCCAUUAUCCUUGUGGUCACUGUAAGUGUUGUCCUCAAUCUUGGAAGACUAAGGAGAUAUAUAACCAUAGGAACAAAGUGGGCACCACACUAAAACAUUUUUCUACUUGUAAUAGCAGCAAUGUAAUCUACCUCUUGACAUGUGACUGUGAUCUCUGGUAUAUCGGAAAAACAACCAGAUCCUUGAGAAUCAGAAUCUCUGAACAUAAAUCCAGAAUCAAAAAUUUAUCUACAGAAUCUCUUUUAUAUUCACACUUCACCCAAUACAAACAUUCAUCUACCUCAUUUAAAUUUUGUGCUCUGGAAUGCAUCUCUCAAAAACCUUUCAUGGACUUGGAAAAACUAUUAUCCCAAAGGGAAAUGUACUGGAUCUUUAAGUUUAAAACCUUUUCCCCUCAGGGACUUAAUGAAUCACUUAAUUUUAGCUGUUUCCUUUAAACCUUCAAGUACUCUUUAAAAACCUUUGAAUGAACCUCCAGAAUUACUCGCAGUUGAAAUCACCACAAGCAGAGUCACUCAGUGAAAGCAUUUAGCACUAUAUAGAAAUUCAUUGUUGCUGAGUUUAACAACUCCUGAAGAAGGGGUUUUUCCCUGAAACAGGGUCAAAAAUACCCGGGACCCCUGUAGACUUGGGACUUUAUUUGGACUUUACUUUUGAAGACUUUUUUGAGAGCGGUGCUCCAUCAUUAUUUUCUUCAAUCCAGUAUACAGCAACAUGACCAACCAUCUGUUUGGAAGAUAUUUUCAUUGACUGUAUCCCUGAAGCCUAUAUGUAUUGGAACCAAUACCAGACUUGAACAACUUUUGUGUUAGAGCUGUUGCUCCUUUUCAUUUUGUCGGGUACGGCCAAAUUGAGCUUUGUACGGGGAACUGUAACAAUAUAUGUCAUUUGGACACA